AUGUCUUCGCCCUACACCAUCCCCUAUAAGGCCACCACCUCGGCCUUUGUUCCGGGCGCCGCCGCCCACCCCCCAGCGCCCCAAGACUACGCUGCGAUGAAUAUGCGGACGGUACGGCAACCGGCGGUCACUGGGCAGCCUGUCGCUGCUGACACUAGUCGCAGCAAUGGUCCGGUGGUCGUUGGUGGCGCCCCUCGGGACGCCAUCCCGGCGAGGUUCUCGUCGGCGGUUGCGGCCGCUGCUGGCGGUGGCAUUGCCAUCGCCACCCUGGGUGGCCUCCAGGGUGUUAGUGGCCCAGCUUCGGCUGGUGCUGCUAACAGCAGUGGCCAGAGUGGCCAAGUUGGUGAAGUUGUGCACACCAGCACUACCACCACCACCACUCCUUUCGGCACCGACGGCUGUCACGAAAUGGAGCAGCAGCUUCAGGCCAUUCAGGCCGAGAAUGCUCAGCUCAAGGCAGAGAAGCAGCAGCUCAGAGACAACCUGGACAAAAUGGGGGAUGCCAUCAGCACCGCCGGUCUCGCCUUUGAGGAAAACGUUAGACUACGAGACGAUAUCCUGCGCUUGAAUAAGGCACUUCAACAUACUGCAACCCAGAGCGAGAACCUGUUCCGGCAGGUCUCGGAUUUCCAAGAUGUGGCUCUGGUUUUGAACCGGGAUCGAGACAGGCUUCAGAUCAAGAACCGCCUUCUCCGAGCCGAGCUUCGCCAUACUAUCAAGACACUCCUUGGUCUCGAUAGUGAAAACUUGAAGCUGAAGGGCAAGGUUCAAGAUGCCACGAUGAGUGUCCAGAUCCUCAUUGAUGUGCUCGCUGCUUUCUACAACAAAACCAUCGACAACGUUCCCGAGAUCCUGUCCACCCUUUCAGAGCGUGUGAAGAAGACAGUCGAUCAUGUAUACGAGGAGUGGAAGGAGGAGCAGUACCUGCAGAUGCUUGACCCAUAUCAGGCUAUGCAGAUCUCGCCAUAUGACCUGGUCCCUGGACACACCCCGGUUCCUUCUCAUGGUGGUAUUGAGUUCAUCCCCCUUGAUGGCGACGAGGAACUUGACGGUGAAGAGGAAUCUCAGAGCACGGAUGAGACCCAGCACGAUGACAAUCAGAACGGCAUCCCUGGUCCUCCCACAGCCAUGCCCACCGGACAGCCGCAACAGCAGCAGCCCCUACAGCAGCAAGCCCUACCUCACAUCCCCAACCACAACACGGCUAUUCCUCACGCCAACAUUUACCUGCCGGGCCAGGCCAGCGUCUUCAGACUGAUCAUCGACUCCCCCGGUCAGCCGUCAUACGAGCAUCGCAUACUUGGUGUCGAGAGUCCUCACACGCCUACCACUGGUGGCCCUGCCCCUCCCAGUGGCGGUACUAUCAACCUCUCUGACAACCUCUACGAUCCCGAUACUCCCACCCAUACUGGUACGACUAACACCGUCAACGAUCAUGAGGAUCCCCAGACUCCCAAUAAUGGCGGUACGACUAUCACCAACGUUGACCCCGAGAAUCACGAGGAUUCUCAGACCCCCCAAACCCCGACUCCCCUUCGGCACCAUGGAGUGAGUGUUCUCGGGACACCAGAUGCUUGA